UAUACCCACAUGAUGCUGUCCACAAAGUGGUAAAUGCAUAUGUGAUAAUAGAUGACCAGAGCAACCGCUCAUUGGCCAGACCAGAGUUCUUCAGCCUGUUCGGUAUAAAAAGUCAGCCUUCCUCAUAUCAACUGAGAACCUGUGCAGGUUUAGCUGUAACAGCUGGAAGACGCGCUGAAGGAUUCAUGAUCGAAUCCAUAGAUGGCAAAGUGGCAAUUCCUCUUCCACCACUUAUUGAGUGUAGUGACAUCCCAAAUAAUCGCACUGAGAUUCCAACUCCAAAUGCUGUGAUUCAUCAGCCCCAUCUACAACAUAUUGCUAAACAUCUCCCAGAACUUGACUCGAAUGCAGAGAUCUUACUUCUUCUGGGUAGAGAUGUAUUAAGACUACACAAAGUAAGACAGCAGGUAAACGGGCCACACAAUGCACCGUUUGCGCAACGUUUGGACCUCGGCUGGGUAGUAAUAGGAGAAGUGUGCCUAGGAAACAUUCAUAAGCCAAUCAUCAGCAACUUCAAGACCACCGCGCUGGAAAGUGGUCGUCACUCCAUCUUCCGGCCAUGCACAAGUUACAUGCAGAUAAAGGAGUCAUUACCCAACCUCAACCAAGCCCCUAAGAUAACAGAGGAAACACUAGGAAAAACAGUGUUCAACAGAACUGAUCAAGACAACAGACCUGCUCCAUCAAUCGAAGAUGCAAUGUUUAUGGAAAAGAUGGAUACUGAAGUCUACCGAAACAGUAAGAAUACCUGGGUAGCACCACUCCCGUUUAAGGAGCCACGACCGCACCUUCCUAACAAUAAAGAGCAGGCUGUUAAGAGAUUCAUGUCACUGCAGAAAAUGCUCAAACGGAACCCCGUAAUGCAGAAACAGUACUUUGCAUUCAUGGACAAAAUCUUUCAAAAUGGACACGCUGAAGUAGCACCACCACUAAGGGACAAUGAGGAAUGCUGGUUCCUUCCUACAUUUGGAGUAUAUCAUCCUCGGAAGCCCGACAAGAUUAGGGUGGUGUUCGAUUCAAGCUCACAAUACCAAGGAAUCUCCCUAAAUGAUGUAUUACUGACUGGCCCAGAUUUAAACAACACGUUGAUCGGUGUUCUGCUCCGCUUUCGCAAGGAGAAAGUAGCCGUGUUAGCAGACAUCCAGCAAAUGUUCUACUGUUUUGAGGUAAGCGAGAACCAUCAAAACUUUCUUAGAUUCCUGUGGUACGAAGAAAAUGAUAUCAACAAAAACAUCAUUGACUAUCGAAUGAAAGUUCAUGUUUUCGGCAAUAGUCCUUCGCCUGCCGUCGCCAUCUACGGGCUGAGAAGAGCCAUUAGAGAAGGUGCACCACAUUAUGGCGAUGAUACUGUUCAGUUUGUGGAAAGACAUUUCUAUGUCGAUGAUGGUCUCAUAUCUGUACCAACUGAUCACGAAGCAAUUGGCCUGCUUAAAAGGACACAGGCCUCUCUAGCGGAAUCAAACCUUCGCCUUCACAAGUUCACCACAAACAGUCAAAACGUCUUAAAGGCCUUAUCCCCAGAAGACUGUGUAACAACUGUCAAGGACUUAGACCUCAGCGGAGAGACACAAUCCAUCCAGCGCAGUUUGGGCCUCCUGUGGGAGAUAUCGACAGACACCUUUACCUUUUCUGUAUCAACAGCUACAAAGCCCUUCACUCGUCGUGGUGUGUUAUCCACUGUACACAGCAUUUUUGACCCUCUAGGUCUGCUGGCCCCUGUCACUGUCUGUGGGAGAGCCCUUCUUAGAGAGCUCACUGCUGACCUCUCCGAUUGGGACACUCCUCUCCCAGAAGAAAAACGUGAUAAGUGGGACUUAUGGUGCGAAUCGCUUCACGAUCUCAAGCAGAUGCACAUACCACGAACCUAUACGGACAUGUCACUUUGCAACAGUGAGCACAUUGAGCUUAGUGUGUUCGCAGACGCCUCGACAAAGGCGAUUGGAGCCGUUGCAUAUCUCAAGACCGUUCAAAAAGAUGGUCACGCUGAGAUCGGAUUUGUCAUGGCUAAAGGACGGUUAACACCCAAAUCCGAACCUACCAUCCCACGUCUAGAACUCUGUGCGGCUGUUUUAGCUGUUGAGUUGGCGGACCUCAUCCAAGAGGAGCUAGAUGUAAAGUUUGAUAAGGUUAAUUUCUACAGUGACAGCAAGGUAGUACUCGGAUACAUCCAUAAUACCACUAAAAGGUUCUACGUCUAUGUGCACAACAGGAUUCAGCUUAUACGCCACUCUUCCAAACCAGAACAAUGGCACUAUGUUCCCUCUGAAGAAAAUCCCGCGGAUCACAUUUCAAGAUUCCUGCCCGCCUCUCGUCUAGCGCAAACAACCUGGUUCUUUGGACCAUCAUUCCUACGAAAUACCCCUGGAGAAAGCAAGCACACAUGUGAAAGAUUUGACUUAAUACAACCGGAAAAGGACAUUGAAAUCAGGCCAGAAAUAAAAACUUGCAGGACACACCUGAUGGAGAACAUACUCAAUCCAGAUCGCUUCCAGCGCUUCUCUAGUCUUCAUUCACUCCUUAGAGCUGUUGCAUGCCUGACUCACAUAGCUAAAUCCUGCAAACAAUCGGGCAAAGUUAGGGCGUGCAAAGGGUGGCACUGGUGUAAACAACCACGUUCACCCGAGGAACUUGACCAAGCUAUGAAUGUUAUCCUCCAAGCUGCACAAAGAUCUGCCUUCCAAAAGGAACUUGUGGCUCUGCAGGCUAAAAAGCCCAUUCCAAAGGAUAGCUGUCUCCAAAAGCUUAGCCCAAUCAUCACUGAUGGCUUGAUUCGCAUUGGAGGCCGGCUACAACAUUCGGACUUAGAAACUAAUGAAAGGCAUCCUGUGAUUUUGCCUAAGAACAGCCAUGUAGCCUUACUGCUGACACGCCAUCACCAUGAGCAAGUGAAACAUCAGGGACGCCACUUCACGGAGGGAGCCAUACGAGCAGCAGGAUACUGGAUCUUGGGUGGCAAAAGGCUCAUCAACACAGUCAUUCAUAACUGUGUGACGUGCAGGAAGCUUAGAGGUAAAGUUGCGGAACAAUUCAUGGCAGACUUACCUACAGAGCGUCUCCAAAUAUGCCCACCGUUCACCUAUGUCGGACUAGAUGUUUUUGGUCCGUGGAUGGUUACUGCUAGGAGGACCCGUGGAGGACACGCAGAAAGUAAAAGAUGGGCAAUCAUGUUCAGCUGUUUAAGUUCUAGAGCAGUACACAUAGAGCUGAUAGAGUCUAUGGAUGCAUCAAGUUGCAUAAAUGCACUUAGGCGCUUUUUCGCCAUCAGAGGACCAGCUAAGCAGUUGAGGUCCGACUGUGGCACGAACUUCAUCGGCGCAAGCAAAGAACUUGGAAUGGAUAAAAACCAACUGGAUUCGGGAAUACAAAGAUACCUCAGCAAGAAAGAAUGUGUUUGGGAGUUUAAUCCUCCUCAUGCUUCGCAUAUGGGUGGCAGUUGGGAGAGAAUGAUAGGCGUUGCUAGAAGGAUCUUGAACUCUAUGUUGCUAAAUGCCCGCCUCACCCACGAAGUUCUCUCUACAUUAAUGGCGGAAGUUGCUGCGAUUAUGAAUGCGCGACCAUUAGUACCGGUUUCUACAGACCCGGACAACCCUCAGGUUCUUUCUCCAUCCAUGCUUCUCACCCAAAAGUCAGGUGCUCCACCACCACUUGGUGACUUCUCGGAGAAGGGUAUGUACACUAAACAGUGGAAACAAGUACAGGCACUGGCAAACCAAUUCUGGACACGAUGGCGCAGAGAAUACCUGCCUUAUUUACAGCGCAGACAAAAAUGGACCACCCAUCGCAAAGACUUGCAAGUUGGAGAUGUGGUCCUGUUCAAAGACAAGCAGGCCGAACGCAAUUGUUGGCCUAUGGAGCCACAGAGUCUAGGGUGA